AUGAGUGUCAGUCAGCCACAUCUGACAGACUUGCCGGAAGAGAUUUUAGAGCGUAUAUUCACCUUUUUGAGUUACCAUGAAGUGAGUCGGCUGAGAGAGGUGAAUCAAGCUAUGAAUUUACUAUCCAGUUGUAAAGGUUUGCCGUCUUUUCGACUGCAUCGGAAAGGAAAUUUUGAAGCGUGCCUUUCGCCAGCUGGAAGAGCAGAUACUCUGUUACAGGAAAGAGCUCAAACAGCAGUUGCCGCGACGAGAAUCUGAACGUCGAAAGCAUCCACUUUCCGGGUAAUUCUUCUAAUCUCAUCUAACUUUUCCUAUAGCCGAUCUGAAGUUCUUUCUGCCAUUGAAACACGUGUCUCCCUGCUGGACAUGAGCAUUAUGCGCUACACGGAGGAGGGCUACUGCGCAUUCUUUCCUGGGAAAGUUUUGGACGAGCUACGGCAUGUGUUUUGUAUUUUAAAGCGGUCUUCUACAAUUCCCCGACCGCAGGAAUUUCUCCAUGAACUUCGUGAUAUAUCCUCUAUGGCAAUGGAGUACUUUGAUGAGGCACUUCUUCCGAGUAUACAUGCGGCCAAAGGUAAUUGAGUAUGAUCAUCAGUUAUGGACGCAUCUGUAAUUGCCUCGCAUAUUUUCAAAAAUUCCACUUAACUCAAUUUCGAUAUUCAUCCUUUUUAAUUUGCUCUUCUACGGGCUUGAUACUGACAUCGAAAUUUUGUCGCAUUUCCAAACCCGAGUGAUUCCUGCCCCUUAAUAGAGCGGUUCGACAUUUUAAAUCCUUACGAUGACGCCUGUUUUGAACCAAAUCCCUUUUAAAAUAGAUAAGCAACUCAUGACAGCUACCACGGGUAUCUAUUUAUAAUUUGUUAGUGACUAACGUCACGCCUGUCUUGCUGCAUGUGUUCUCCGUUUUUUUAACUUAAAUUCAGAAACCAUUUAUGAGACCCUUUUUUUCUCCCUGAUUUCCAGGCCUAUUUAAUUCCAAAUUUAGUAACGGCCUUGCGGCUCGUCUUAUGGUUUCACCGCAAUCAUUUAGACUUCCGCCUAACAGGCCGUCAUCUCACUCAGCCCUAUUGGAAAAACUGGGAUGCGCUUCCUCUAUCGGAGAUUGUUCUCUGCGUUCUUCGAAUAGUUCUCGUCUCUCUGGAAUAUCGAGGGUGGUUAGUCUUAUCUGCACUUUCCUACCUCUUCCCAGUUCAUAGAUUUUUGACAGUUUUGUUCUUUUUGCACCUUUUGGAUCCAAACUUUCGGUCUUUCCUGAGGCUCAGUUAGCACGCUUGCUCUUUCUCAAAAGGUCAUUACUGGCCACCCGUUUCGCCUACGCUCCUAGAAUUCUCAAUAGAGUCCGAAAAUGAGGCCAGCCCCUAUGGCUAUUCUAAAAGAAUCGCUGAAACAUUUUCCGGUUCGAUUGAAAAUUUCCAUUUUGUCAGUUAAGAAGUAUCACUGAUUGAAGCAAGGGUGACUACGAGACCCAUUUACGGCCUAUUUGCUGUCUCGGCCGGUGACACUUCCUAGUUAUAAUUCCUCGUGGCUAUGCGACCGAUCACGAGGUCGCUGGGGCGGAGCUCCGAAGCCGAACGCGCGUGCUCCGUCCUGCGCUGUCCGGCGCUUUUGCCGCUCAUUACCGCACCAUGUUGGGGUACCUUUGACUCUUCGGCCAAGCAGUAACCCAUGAUCACCAGCUUAUUGUGCGGCACUCUAGCAUCUAAGCCUCAGCUUCUGCCAUUACCUUUCAUGUCAGGCAUUGGCAGCCAAAGUUAGUGUAAUUGCUGGAAUUGGCGCGAAACAGUCGGAUGUUUUAUAGCAAUUUGGCGGUGCCUCUGGGGAUAGUGCUUGCGAACACACGGUUACAUCGCAGUUUCUAGAGCAACCAGGUAGAAAAUGUCCGGCGUAAAUCAAUACAGACAACGGAGGGGCUGAGAUAGCGGCUGUUUCAGCCCUAUUAAAUGGCCAGUCAUACUCCGGCCAACGCCUUCUGCCAGACACCGAACCCACGCGCAUAAAUCAACAAAGCGCACAUGGUAUGUUUUUGUGCGAGGUAUAAGUCAGCCAGAAGAAUUGUUGGCUCAUUAGCCCCCCUGUCUACACAGUUUGGAAACUGACAGCAGUAUGGGAAGUUGACUCCUCUGGCCUCAAAAGACAGUGGUGUCAGACAUCAUCAACGUGACGACCUGGCAGCCAAAUGACAUUUUCAGUCAGGGACAACGUAACAAGACGGGGUCGACAACGGUGAUCUUCCUGUAAUCGCUUGCCCUCCCUGCAGUCAAGAUAGCGCGUCAAGUUCUUAUCCGUGCAUCCAAAAGAAUGGAAAAAAGGGCCCAGAACAAGAUAAUGUGCCCUCUCUUUGUUUCUUUAUCCGAUAAUCGAUGCCCCGUUUUUGGUCCUUCCCGUCCAGGAUGACGAUUUUGAAAGCGCUUCUAUGGGCUGUCCGGAGAACGCCUCGGCUGAUACCGGCACAACAUCUGCAGUCGUUGACCAUUGUUGUGACGACCUGCAUUACCGCACCCCUCUUCUUCACGAACCGCACCUGCUUGAAGCCAAGGUGACUCGACUCGUAGCACAGACUAGCGUAAUGCGCAGCAUGCUUUUGGAGCUUACCCGUGGCCAGCGUGACCUUAUGGAGCGCAACGCUCAAUUGCAUUCCCUGGUGGCUGCGCAGGCCCAAAGGUGAGUGACAUUGCUUUUUGGUUUUUGUCUGUAUUCACGGCCAGUUGCCCUGGGCAGCCUUUACCGGCACCCUACCUUGUUAGCAAUUUUCAUUCGCUGCGUUCUCAGAUUAUUUUCGCCAGACUGUUCUAGACAAUGUCAACAAAUUUUGGGACGAUCCAGAAGUUUCCCUAAAAAUAUUCGUCAUAGGGAGAAAAGUGAGAAAACUCUCGAAUUCCGCCCCCUGUGCUGGCGACGUAGUCUUCGUAGGUGAAUGCAGUGGACUAACGAAGACUGUGUGCUGUCAGACUUCGUACCAGGGUCGAUGAACGUUCUUACACCAGCACCCAAUACUGGUUAAAUACUUCUGCUUGCAUACUAUUUGCCCGCACCGUGGUUUGGAGACGCGUUGGUUCCUACGUACAUCAUGGCAUCAGUCUUUAUGUCUGGCUGGGAACUUUAUCAUGUGGUUUCUUGGACACUUUAAGCGCAAGCGGAUCUUCGACAGCCGCUCAGAUUCUUUGCUUGACUCCUUCCCCUCUAGCGCUUUGGCUCAAUAACCCAACCGCACAACAACGGUGGCUGGUAAACUUACUUAAUGACGGUUCACAGUCACCUUGUUACGGCACCGUGGUUGGGUUUUGGGAUAUUUUAUAAGAUAGUCGGCAUGCCGAGCUCGGCCCUCCGUUUACAUGUCAGAAAACACAUGGGGAACGCUGGGGGACACACCGGUGGACCGAACCCCCCGCAGCUGCGUCAUGCAGCCGCGCAAGAUCGGCGAGACACGCGUGUCUGGACGUCUAGCUAGUACCUGCCUGCUGUCUGGAUGACUAGGGUGACUGUCUCGAAGACCUGGAGUCAGGCUCAAUAACUCCUUCAUCUGGCCUCUAUGACAGUCCUUUGAACGUGAAAUCCGGGCCCCCCUUUCUGGGAGAAUCGUAUACAUUUUGCGGGAACCAGGUCGUGUGUGGCGCGUGCAAACGGGCUGUUUAGUUUUGUCAGCCGCCCGCGUCUGAACCCACCAUCGGUUGUCUUGACGUUGUCUUGUCGCUGAAGCCUGGUAGGUGAGAGAGAGAGGAUAGAGUGUGGUAGAUGCUGCGCAAAUUAACCUCAUUAAAAACUAAUUCACGAGCAAGUCGCCGGUGCUUCGCCCACUCCGGUAGACGUCGUCGCCCGCGACGGUCGAACUGUCAGCCAGUACCUGACCGCUUGUUGGCGACUUAUGAAUAUCACGUGCUUAUUCCACAGUACCUGGUAGAUUUCAGCUGCAGUAUGUCAAGUUUCGGACCGAGCCCAAAAACUGUUUCCCGAAGGAUUUACCCCACGUUUACGCAUUACUUUCCGAGGAAAUUAGAAAGGACAGUCUGGCAAGGUUGUCGUUGCGGGUUGGCGACUGCUUAUUCGUGAGACCACAGAGCCUGCCUAUUCCGCAGCUGACGUUCGCGACAGGCCGUCACCCGUGGACGUAUCGGGUUGCCGUCCGUUCUCGAAAGUGGCUUCAUCCAUUUAAUUAGAUACGGUAGUGUUGGGAGUCCAUUUCUUGUUGCGUGGCCCAAAUAUGAAUCGUGAUUACAAAUGAUACAUCUACUUCAACUCAAUUCUCCGCAGCGAAAACUGAUCCCCAGCGCGCGAGCAGUUUGCGUGGUACAGACACUACUACGUUCAAGGUAGAGUGACUCAGGCAUAUUCAACACUUUACACAAGCAUUCAUGCAAAUUUCCAAAGCCUCCCAAAGGUAUUGUUACCUGAAUUCGACAGCAAGUAGACGAACUACUGUCUGCCUCGAGUUUAAUUAACGCGAGCACCCAGUUUCUGGAUGGAUUUCGGAGAAAUGCAGUUUAACUGAUAUUAAAAAUCAUCUGGUACGGAAACUGCACAGAGGUUACUUAAAGAUCACCGUGUACUGCAAUGCUACUAAUAGUUGCGCCAUCUACAGUGUAAAUCUUGUUGCCCCAUCUAAGCGUAAAGAGGCACUACAGGAGCAGUAUGAUUGUUUUUUGGAACAAAGCUUCAAUAAGAAGAAUUGACAGACAAUGAUGAAGUGGCGUUCACUGAUCAAAUGAUGACGACUAAUAAGCCAGAAAUGGCCAUUCCGGUCUCCCUUGUCUUUGUCGGUAUUCCAUCAUAUGACGAUGGCUGUUCACCAAAACCCUUUGCAACAGCGCAAACUAAGACUAAGCCGAAAAACCCACAAAAGAGUAUCUGACUUCCACUUGUAUCGCACACGAGCCGCGUCUUACGUAGAACUUCCUAGGAGUGUGAUACGAGGAGACAUUCAGAGCCUGUAAUACCAUCAGAAACAGGCCAAAAUGUUAAGGGCCCAAUAUGAGAAUAUCAGAAGGGUCAUCUCAUUUUUGAAUUAUUCCGUCUUGUUUGUAGUAGUGUCAACGUCGAACCAACCUUCCACCAAUUAAAUGCGUACACCGACCAUCAGUUUGUCUAGAGAAAUAAAGAGAUAAAUAAAGAGAUCCGGAAUAUAUUGACUGCAUCCUAUGCAGUUUUCACGCGUGUUUGGACCACGUAACAUAACUGAAAUUUUCACUCCCCUGUAUUCUUUCAAAGGGAUUAGGUUGCCCUCAAGAACCGAUGCUCUCCGGCAAACCUUCAUUAUUGCGUUUAUAAAUCCCUCUGAAAUUGCGUGAAAAUUUGCGCCAGAAGGCCUACAUGUGUGCAUUAUUUAACUGUGUAUUUAGGCGCAAAAUAGAAUAAAUGAUAUGUUUCUGAGUAAGGCAAAUUCAAGACUGCUCUCUCUCUCCGACCCUGCCCAAGUAUCUCUGAGUAAAUACUCCGCAGAUCACUUUGCGAUUUCCAGAUAUCAGCCAAUUGUAAGCCUACUGACCCUAUCUGUUUCGGGACCCGAAGUGGAAUGUCAAACACUUGAGUUAAGCUGCUAGCUCCGUCGACCUGGCUGUCACAGUUACUAAGGUCAAAGUUGUCUAGAGUGGUACUGUUGACAACAGUGAAUUCUACAUGUUAACAGCCCAUAUAUUGCUUGGGGGGGCUAAUUCAAGUUGCCUGAGUCCGCUUACCAGCUGAUAAUGCAACGAGGGAACUGCCGUUUGAAUCUAUGCAGCCUGCUGGCCUAUGUCAGUCACAAAAGAGGAGACAACUGGACAUUUUCCUUUGAGGCCAGGCAGUUAGAACCUUAACUGAAGGUGCCGGUCUACCGACAUCACUGAAACCGACUAGAUAAGUAAAAAUCAUGGUCUCUGCGAGAGAGGGUCAUUGUAGACGGUGCCAUAACGAUGAACAAUCAGUUAUCUAUCGGAGUAUGUUGACGGAGCCAUGAAGACCGGCGUGAACAUUUAUCUUAUCGUCUGCUUACCACUCGUAAUGGCUCCAGUGAAGUCGCGAUCAUGGACUAAAACAUCAACUACUUUGCAAGAGAUAUGGUUGUUGGAAGCCUACCUAGUCGUUUGUACCUGAAGAGGCUACGGUCGCGAAAAUCAGACGGUGUACUAAGUUCUUGGGUUGGAUGACCUGAUUAACCGAGAGCAGGGACAUAAAUAGAACUAUCAGACCUUGCCACAGGUGCUAAUCUUAAAAUUAUAGUGACUGGCUCCCAGUCAGUGCCACCAGCAGCGGUUCAGACCGUACGCAGUAAAGUAGGUCUUACCCGAAUGCUUAAUAAAAUGUGAACGUUUUGACAUCAAACCUGGUCCCGAAUGCAGGCGUCGAAGUGGCUGCUUGAGGGAUCAAGUCCCGAGUUUGUCCCAGUGACUACACCUCCUUCGUAUCCCAUACGUUUCCUAGAAAGUACAAUUCUACACCAUUGUAUGUUGUUUUUCUGUUGAUGAUUAUUUGAGUGCUGGCGUUAAACGCUCUGUUAAGUUUCCAUCCUAACCCUCCGCCCCGGCCCACUGGUGUGAAACCUCGCUGUAUACUGACUUAGUUGAAAUAGGGGGAGGGGAGGUCUAAGAUUCAAUGCCUGCGGUCAGGAGUGUUUAUUUCAACGUUGUGAUCACAUUCUUUCUUUAGCCCCACGUUUCGCUUCAUAUCACAGGUCACUUGCUUCCACGUAUGUCUUGUUGACUACAGCCUUUAAGCCAUGUGUUAAUGGUUGACUGAUGACUUUUCAAGGGUGAUUUUGAGUUAGCCGGAUCCCUCUUUUCUCUAGAUCUUUUUUCCAACCACACGGAUAGUCCCUUCCACAGUUAGAGCGCUUUCCAGACGCGGGAAGCGCGGGAAUGUAAAUACUUACCCACCUUCUGAAGUCUUUCUUACCGACUUUCUUCCUGCACAGGAUCCGUCGAUUGGAAUCUCGUGCUGCAGUAGGUGAUAGUGCGCGGCCCACGCGGCUGGUUGAGCCGGCGCGCCAAAAUGCUGACGUCCUUUCCCGCAAGCGCCCUCUCCUUCCCGCGGCCUCUUCGGCCUCUUCGAUGGAAGAGGGUAAUUCUGAUCCCUCGGUCUCCAGCCCCAGAAAAGUUCGCGUUAUGGAGGUGACGCAGCCUGCCAGUGCUUCUUCAUCUGACUCUAUCUGA